AUGGCCACUACUCCAUCAGUAUUGACAAUCGAACAUGGCGCUCACAUUGCUUAUGAAAUACGAGGAAGUCGGCUCCUGGGCACGAAGGUACCGAUUGUUCUCAUCGGUGGAAUGACUGCGGUCCGGCAGGACUGGGAGAGGUUCGUUGAUUGUUUAUCGAAAGGUCGCCCAGUUUUGAUCUAUGAUCAUAGGGGAAUGGGAGACUCAGUAGCUUCACCAGACGCCAUUGAAGAGAUUUCCAUCGAGGUUUUAGCUCGAGAUUUGCUCGCUUUAAUUGACCACCUUAGAUGGAGGCACGUCGCUUUUUGCGGGUGGUCUAUGGGUGGGGUCGUUCUACAACAACUCUUAACCCUACCCUACCACCCCAAGAAUCCGACACCUUUACCUUUCUGUCCAACCCAUGUUUUUCUUGCUGCGACUCGUUCGAUAGUAUUACUCGACCAAGGGCUGCAAUACAAGCCCACUCCUGGUAAUAAAUCUCGGACGCCAGCAGAAAAAAGGAUGGUUGCUAUCAAGAUAUUAGAACAGACUUUCGACCGGGAAUGGCUUGAACGGAAUAGAUCCCGAUUUGAGUAUCUCUGUAAACGGGGAGCUUCCGCAAUACGCCCACCUGCAGUAGUUGCGAAACAACAGGAAGCGCUCAGGACAUUUGAUUUCGUGGGACUUUUACACCAGCUUCCACGUAACUUGAAUAUGCUUAUCAUACACGGAGAACUUGACCAGGUCAUUCCAUUCAAGGCGGCCAAGGCUAUGAUGGGCCUCUUCCCGUGGGCAGAAUUUGUAGAGACGGGCCCACAGGAGGAAGGGAAAGUUCCAACGCUUCGUUUUGGUCAUCACUGGUAUGAAUAUUUUGAUAUCGAGGUAUGGAGGGAUGUAAUAGAGAGGUUCAUGGAGAAGUGA